AUGUGGAAAGCAGUACUAGAAGAAACUUCGAUUUUUAGCCGUGCGAAAUCGACAGGAAACCAAAAGAUGUGCGAAGAUCACGUUACUGCACUUUUUUGUGCAAAUGCUACUGGAUGUCAUAAGUUGCCGGUACUAAUAAUUAGCAGCAUUACGGAACCGCAAAUAUUUUUCAUUCAAUGGUUCGAAGAACAUUUCGUAAAAUCAGUCAAAGAAAGACAAGAGAAGAGCGGGCGCAGGGAGAAAGCGUUGUUGUUAUUAAAUAAUGCUACGUCGCUUCACAAUCUCAACGAUCUAAAUGAAAAAGAUGAAUUCGUUACAGUUAUGAGUUUUCCACUUGAUGUGUCACCAGUCAUACAACCAAUGAAUAAUGAAAUAAUCGCCUGUUUCAAGCGAAUGUACCGAAGAGAAUUGUGUUGCCGCAUGGCACAUGAUGCUUGGUCAUAUGUCGACAAUGCAAUACUAAAAAGCGGGUGGGACAUACUUUUCGGGCAUGAAAGUAUUCGGUGUGAGGAAGUCGUACAAAUAUUAACAAAAGACGCAGAUAAAACAGUUGAAUUGCUGCAUACCUUACCUGGAUGCGAACGAUAUAAUGCAACCGGUGUGCUAAACUGGUUUAAAAUUGAAAACAUACGUGAUAUAGUCAUGAAGAUAUGUACCGUCGAAGUUCUUCGAUAUUUUGAAAACGAUACUCUUGAUCAAGUGAACAUAGAUAUUGUCGAGGAUGAAGUUGGGCCUUCUCAUUCGAAGAUUCCAAUGAUGAGCUAA